AGCCGCGGUGCUGAGGUUGGGAGCGGUGGUCAGGAUGGCGGAGGAGCAGGAGUUCGCCCAGCUCUGCAAGUUGCCGGCACAGCCCUCCCACCCGCACUGUGUCAGCAACACCUACCGGAGCGCACAGCACUCUCAGGCACUGCUCCGGGGGCUGCUGGCUCUGCGGAACAGCGGCAUCCUCUUUGACGUGGUCCUGGUGGUGGAGGGGAGGCACAUCGAGGCCCAUCGCAUCCUGCUGGCUGCGUCCUGCGAUUACUUCAGAGGCAUGUUUGCUGGGGGGCUGAAGGAGAUGGAGCAGGAAGAAGUCCUGAUCCACGGCGUGUCCUACAACGCCAUGUGCCAAAUCCUGCAUUUCAUUUACACGUCCGAGCUGGAACUCAGCCUGAGCAACGUCCAGGAGACGCUGGUCGCCGCCUGCCAGCUUCAGAUCCCCGAGAUCAUCCACUUCUGCUGUGACUUCCUCACGCCCUGGGUGGAUGAGGACAACAUCCUUGACGUCUACCGGCUGGCCGAGCUCUUUGACCUGAGCCGCCUGACCGAGCAGCUGGACGCCUACAUCCUCAAGAACUUCGUGGCCUUCUCGCGGACUGACAAGUACCGCCAGCUGCCCCUGGAGAAGGUCUAUGCCCUCCUGAGCAGCAACCGCCUGGAGGUGUCCUGCGAGACGGAGGUGUAUGAGGGCGCCCUGCUCUACCACUACCCUCCGGAGCAGGUGCAGGCUGACCGGCUCCCGCUGCAUGAGCCACCCAAGCUCCUGGAGACCGUGCGCUUCCCCCUCAUGGAAGCCGAGGUCCUGCAGCGGCUGCACGACAAGCUGGACCCCAGCCCCCUGAGGGACACAGUGGCUGAAGCCCUCAUGUACCACCGGAACGAGAGCCUGCAGCCCAGCCUGCAGGGCCCACAAACCGAGCUGCGCUCGGACUUCCAGUGCGUCGUGGGCUUCGGGGGCAUCCACUCCACGCCGUCCACUGUCCUCAGCGACCAGGCCAAGUACCUGAACCCACUGCUGGGGGAGUGGAAGCACUUCACCGCCUCCCUGGCGCCCCGCAUGUCCAACCAGGGCAUCGCCGUGCUCAACAACUUCGUGUACCUGAUUGGAGGGGACAACAAUGUCCAGGGCUUCCGCGCUGAGUCCCGCUGCUGGAGGUACGACCCGAGGCACAACCGAUGGUUCCAGAUCCAGUCGCUGCAGCAGGAGCACGCCGAUCUGUGCGUGUGCGUCGUGGGCAAGUACAUCUACGCGGUGGCCGGCCGCGACUACCACAAUGACCUGACCACUGUGGAGCGCUACGACCCCGCCACCAACUCCUGGGCCUACGUGGCCCCGCUCAAGAGGGAGGUGUAUGCCCACGCGGGUGCCACACUGGAUGGGAAGAUGUACAUCACGUGCGGCCGCCGGGGCGAGGACUACCUGAAGGAGACCCACUGCUAUGACCCGGGCAGCGACACCUGGCACACGCUGGCUGACGGGCCGGUGCGGCGGGCCUGGCAUGGCAUGGCCACCCUCCUGGAUAAGCUGUACGUGGUCGGGGGCAGCAACAACGACGCGGGCUACAGGAGGGACGUGCACCAGGUGGCCUGCUACAGCUGCAAGUCCGGGCAGUGGUCAUCCGUCUGCCCGCUCCCAGCAGGGCAUGGUGAGCCCGGAAUCGCCGUGCUAGACAACAGGAUCUAUGUGCUGGGUGGCCGCUCGCACAACCGGGGCAGCCGCACUGGCUAUGUGCACAUCUAUGACGUGGAGAAAGACUGCUGGGAGGAGGGCCCGCAGCUGGACAACUCCAUCUCGGGCUUGGCGGCCUGCGUGCUCACCCUGCCGCGGUCCCUGCUCCUUGAGCCGCCCCGCGGGACGCCUGACCGCAGCCAGGCCGACCCGGACUUCGCCUCUGAGGUGAUGAGUGUGUCUGACUGGGAGGAGUUCGACAACUCCAGUGAGGACUAGGGUCCCAGGCCAGGUGGGGGGUGCGGGGGGUGGUAGCUCCCAGCUUCCCCCAC